AUGCCCUCGUUGUCGCUCUCCGACACCCUGCCACUCCCCAAGUCCUCGGUGCGCAUCCCCCGCCUCGGGUUCGGCGUGUACCAGUCCUCGGCCUCAGUCUGCGUGCAGUCAUGCCUCACCGCGUUAGAAGUCGGCUACCGACACAUCGACACGGCGCAAUUCUACGCCAACGAGACGCAAGUGGGCGAAGCGGUCCAGAAGUCGGGGAUUCCGCGCUCGGAAAUCUUCGUCACCACCAAGAUCCUCUCCGCGGGCGGCAGCGUCGAGAAAUCGUACCAGAAAUGUCUAGACAGCGUGGAAAAGAUUGAUUCGGGCGGUUACGUGGAUUUGUUUCUUAUACACAGCCCCAACGCAGGCAGCAAGGCGCGGAAAGAGAUGUGGCUGGCUCUAGAGAAGCUGUACGAGGAGGGCAAAGCAAAGAGCAUCGGCGUGAGCAAUUAUGGCGUGGGACAUAUCGAGGAAAUGAAGAGUUAUGCAAAGGUGUGGCCGCCGCAUGUGAAUCAGAUCGAGCUUCAUCCUUGGUGCCAACAACGUACCAUCACCUCUUACUGCCAAAAACACGGGAUCGUCAUCGAAGCGUAUUCGCCUCUCGUCCGGAAUUACAAGGCCAACGACCCGACUCUAGUUGACCUGGCCAGGAAAUACAACAAGUCAACUGCGCAGAUCCUGAUCCGGUAUUGCCUGCAGAAGGACUGGGUGCCAUUGCCCAAGAGCGACAAUCCAGAGCGGAUCACGCAGAAUGCGGACGUUUAUGGGUUUGACAUUGCAGCGGAAGAUAUGGGCACAUUGGACGAUCUAGACCAAGGAGACGCAGGAGCCAUUGUGCAAGCCGUGAGCAAUGAGUGA